AUGCAGAAGUUAUUUCGAUAUUUAAUUUUGGUUUUCAUUGUAAUAUUUGUUCUAUCGUCCGAUCACGCUCAAUGCCGAAGUGCAUUACCGCCAAGAGUAGAAGAUUCGAAAAAGUCGUUAGAAUUCAUCGACGAUAUAAAUAUUUGCAAGUUCCGAAAAAUUCUUUUACGCAAUUCUCGACGUGCAAUUAAUUAUGAUGAUCUUGAUAAAAGAAAACAAGAUCAAGAAUUAUUCAAACGUGGGACUAGCCAGUUCUUCAGUAAUUGGUAG